AUGGAGAGAGACGAGGAAAGCUUUUGCUGGAACGGCAUGGCCAACUGGAUAGGUAUGAAUCUCGCAACCGCUUUCUUCUCGUCUCUCGAACGCUGUUCUUGCAUCAAUCUCUCAACCUCCGAUGAUCCCGACGAUGCUCUUCUUGUCCUUCCUGCCGAUUCUCACCGAUUUACCGAUGGAUCUUCACAUCCGGCCUCUCCUCCUGCCUCUACUCCGUCCAAUGCAACUAUCGACGCCGCCGCAGUCUGA